AUGGAAAAAAGCUUUGAUAUGUGGUCUCCUUAUAAAGAACUGCUUGUUACCGUUGAAGCAGUACUUUCAAGACCUGAAGGAAAUGUGCCUCCUAAAUUCGUUGAACUUCUUAAAAGACACAAGCAAAAUUUCAUCAAUUUAUUAAAAAAUCCGCCAAAGAAUGCUAAAAGUAGAGAUGAAUUAAAAAAAGGCACUACAGAAGGCAUUACACUACCUGAUGUCGGUCAUCAAAUUCUAUCAAAAGAUCUUGUCGAUGAAGCCCUCAUACUUUCAGAUAUGUAUAAUUUAAAUGAAAUAAUGGCUUUAGAUCUUUUAUGUAUAGCUCAAGCUCAGAUGCCAUAUCAUCCAGGGCUAACAAGAGGCUUGGUCGCAGUUAUUUUAUAUUAUGAUGGAAGGAAAAGCUUAGUCCUCGCAUUACAUUCCUUAGUUGCUGCCAGAAAAGGCUUUAACUUCUCAUCGAAUUGUUCAGAGGAAGUAUCUGAUUUUGUUACUGCUUACACUGAUGAAUUAAUGGAAGAUGGAUUAAUUUCUAAAUUGUUAACUUUGGUCGACACUUUGGAUCUUUAUAAAGAAAUUGAAUUGUUACAGCAAAAUAGAGCUUUAGGUGGCCCGAAACAUCAUAAACAAGUGAUUGAUUUAUUUAAUUCAAUCAAACAAAAUGUAGCAUUUACCAUUUUUAUAUGGUCAGCUCAAUGUGGGUUGCCAAAGGAUCCAACUUUAAAAUUAAUUCACUUAUUGAAAAGAACUAAAAUACAAGAGGAAUCUACAGGCGGUAUUGAUAAUGUUACUUUAACUCUAGAAAUGGCAUUGCUCUAUGCACUGGAUUUAAGUAUUCUGCAAAGACAUGAGGAUAAUGAAGAGAUUGUUAAAAAGUAUCCCCUUUUAGCUGACAAAACCUUUUGUACUACUUUAAUCAGAGAACUAAAUAAUACUUCUUCUUGGGAGUGCAAAGGUUUGGGAGCUUUAACUAGUUUAGCAUGGAGCAUAACUCUUUCAAUUUUUAAAACUCUUCCACAACAUUCAAAUGAUAAUUACGAGGAUGAAGAAGCUGCAAUUGAUGCUGCGAUAAAAUCUAAAGUUUUUAAAUUUUUAAAUAGAACAUUUUAUGAGAAUUCAUUAAUAUACCAGGAAGAAUUUUUUACCAGAAGACUUCAUCAGUUACUAACUGAUUUUAUCGUUUUAAUGCCAUCAAAAGUUGCAGAAUUAAAAAAAAAAGGAGAAGAAUCAUCUAGAAUGACGCAAAUGUAUGCGCAACAGGGUUUGGAAGCUCCUUCGGAUCUUUCUCAUGAUUUCGAGGAUUUACUUCUUGCAGUCGCAAAUUUAUAUGCAAAAGAUCCAUACAAAUUAGAAUUAUGUUUAGAAUAUUGGUGUCCUCCAGAUUCUCAAUCUAAUUAUAGAUAUCAGUCUAGACAAGUAUCACUUUUUCGUUUUGUCAAAAUGUCUGGAGAAACUAUACCAUCAUUAUUUUUUGUACCUUACUUAAAAAUGUUGUGUAGCCUUUCAAAUUCUCCUCAUUCAGCUUGCUUUGCUUACAAAUUAUUAAGGCAAGACGGUCAAUCUUUAGUGAGCUCAACAAUAUCAUGGGAUCACUUCUUUAAUUCUUUAAGCCGAUAUUUUAGUAACUUGCGACAGGAACAUCCUCCCGCCAAUGAUACAGUUUAUAGACAUCGUAAUUAUCCUAAAGGAAUCACUCCACAAGAAGUUCAAGGACUGCACAGUGUUUUAAGUGUUAUUAGAAUGGUAGCUGAGCAAGAUGAGUUUUCGCGGGUGGCUUUGUGCGAAAACCCAAAUUGGUCUCCUCUGACGGUACUUUUGGGUUUAGUCAGUUGUUCGGUUCCUAUAUUGUUAAAAGCCGAUCUUUUGACUACUUUAGCCGCCCUGGCCAAAACCCCAAGUACAGCUGCUACUUUAUGGCAUAAUUUGGAAGCUUCUCAAAUUCUUACUACCAUUCCUAGUACUAGUAGUUAUACACCAAGAGGAAUUAAGACCGAACUGGAUGAAAUAGAAUCAAGAAAUGAAGAAUUCCCUUUAACGAGAGCUCUUCUUCAUCUUUUGGAUGUUUUAACCGAUGUCCCUGUUCCUCGAUUACUCGGUGCAGGUUGUCGUACUCCAGGAUUUGAUCCUUAUUUGCAUUUUAUUAUAGAUUCUGUAUUUUUAAAAUUCAACAACAGGUCUUAUAAAAACCCCGAAGAAAAAUGGCAGGUGGCAACUAGUUGCCUAAAACUUUUGGUUAAGUUUUUGAAGCAAUACGAGCCCCGUAGUGAAGAUUUUUUCGGUGUUAGAGUUGAAGCUCCGGGAGGUGGAACUACUCCAAUUAAUCCACCACCAGGAUACCAUCUAAUGAUAAGCCUGAAUAAUAAAUCAGAGCUUUUGCGACUGGUUCUUCAUUUAAUUGAUGAAGGUGUUCAAAGACUAGAUACGUAUUCGACAUUUCCUGGAAAAGAAGCUUUGGAGAAAAGUAAUCUUUAUUGUUUGGAACUUUUAGACGUUGCAUUAUCUCUUCAAACAAAAUUUUUAUCAUUGGUUACAAACGCAGGAGCUUCUUUACUACUAAUAGGAUUGUCAAAACUUUUACUAGGCGUAAAUCCUAGAAGUGGAAAAACUGAUCACAUGCUUAAUAUUACGAAAUACGUUGUUUACAAUGAAUGGCUGCCGAAACAUUCGUACCAUUCGGUACGAAUUUUAGCAUUUAUUGCUUCUCAACCUUCUACUCAAAUUCAUCUCGUCGGGUUGUUUACCAGUACACCGACAUUGAAAAUAGAAAUACGUCAUGGAUUCGUCGAAUGUUUAGAAGCGGAAGACGAUGAGGAAAAUCCAGAUGAUGAAGAUGACUUUGGUAUAAGAAGCAAAACCAAAGAAAUAAUUUUAAAAUUGCUUCAACAAAGUUUGAAUCUCUCAUCUCCAAAUAUUGCUCUCUAUUUAAUUGGAUUCGAUUUAAACAAAGAUUGUAAAAAAAUGAUUUUUCAGCAGCCUGGAAUUUUACAAACUCCAAGAACUAUAUUACAUUCGUUGCUUCGAAUGUUAAACGACGGAAUCAAAGCCAGAACCGGUAAUUUUACCGUCGUUCCUAAAUCUAAGCUGCUCGAAAUCGGGUAUUGUUUACUGUAUCAACUAUGCUCAAACAGUAAGACCUCGGAACCGAUUUUAAGAUUUUUAAGAUGCUGCCACGAUUUUCUUCCUCGACAUGUGGCUUGUCUACCUUUUAAACCUCAUAAAAAUUCCUCGGAGCGUAAUCAAAUGGCUUGGCUAUUAAAAAUCGUGGCUAUCGAAUUGAAAAUUUGCGCUGCUAAUAAACAAAAUUCUCAAUUGCAAAAUUUAGUAAAUUUACUUAUCGGAGAUCAAUCAGAAGAAGAUGGACGUUCAAUGGUUGAUGAAGAUGACAUCGUUAAUCACAACGCAUUUGAUCCGAGAGUUUUAGACCCGGAUUUUUCACAAAGUUUGAAUUCUUCGACUUCCGGUCAAAAAAGGAACGAUCAAAGAUUUCUCAGAAUAUUAAAUUUAAUCAAUUUCAGUAUUGAAUACAUUCAUACUCCCGAUUGGGAAUUUUUCGAUUCUUCCGAAAUAGAAACAAUAUUAACUCGUUGUGAGGUGCAAGUAAAUCAAGCACUAAAACUAGUCGAUGUCAAAGUUCUUCAUAAAAUACUAACGGAUGAGUUGGCGGCCAUUCAAGGAAGUUCCACGGCUUCACAACGACAAUUGAUUUUAAAUGAAAUUAAAGACGUGUGCGAAUACGCAUUGGCUAAAAAUAAACUGAAAACAAAAGCAACGGCGACUCUGCACUUAAUGGAAGCCUGGAGACAAGUUACCGAAAUCAUUUUUGCAGUUACUCCGAACGAAACUCUUCAAAACGAUUACCGGCAAGAGUUAAUUAUCGAUACUCUUCACAUAUUACUUUAUAAAGUGAUAGCUGCAGAGAAUGUAGUGCCGGAAAUAGCCAGUUUAUCAUCGGGAGUUAUCAUGAUCCUUUUAGUUAAUUUAAGACAGUGCCAAGCUUUAGAACAUCGGGAGAGUAGAGAUUCUGCGACGCGACGAAAUGAAGACACGGGAGAAAUCACGAUCAUGCUUUCAACUCUGCAAGCGAAUUCUAACACUUUAAAAAAUAUCUUUUGCGGAAUAUUGCAAUGGAUAAUCAAUUCAGGAACUGCUUCUCAAAAGCUAAGAGCAAAUCUAUACGGCUCACUUUUGAAUUUCUUGUAUAUAACGUGCGUGGACGUUAACGAGGACGGAGAAGAAGAUUUUGAGGAUGGCGAUAGUCUUUACACCACCAGAUUAGAUAAUUCAAGAUACAGACUUCCUAGCGAUUCUGAAAAUGUAUUGAGAAAAGUUAUAUUGAAAGUUAUUUCUCACUUCGGUGAAGGAUUGGCGGAUGCUCUUUGUCACGAUUGUACAAGAGGUCACGACGUUUGUCGAAUGCUUGCACUUUCCUGCAUGGACGUCCUGAUAGAACUUGAUCCGUUUACAUCGUGGGUGGGCUUUCUAUCCGCCAGAGGAUAUUUACAGCAUUUGAUUGACAGUUUGUUAGAAUCUGAUGAUGAAUUAGUAGAGAUUUGUGCCAACGAUCGCGUGAGCACUCUGAGACCUCUUUACGUUUACGAAUCGAAAUUGGUUUUGUUGAGCAGAAUCGCUUCCACCCGAGACGGCGCCAUUUUGUUGAUUGAACAAAAUGCAAUAAAUUGUCUAUCGUCGAUGAAAGUUUUUGAUUUUCAUCCGAAACCCCUUCUGCCUCACGAGUUAAAAAUCGAAACAGAUUUUGUGCCAUCUCAAAGCGAACGCUUUCAACAAGUUUUGUUUCCGGCGUUAAAUUUGUUCGAUACCAUCGUCACUUCCCUCGGAACCGAAAAUCAUUCCAGCAAUGAAGCAAUAGUUCAUUUUUUGCUCUGUCACGGAGACACCGUCGCAAGCAUAUUAAGAAACGCUUCGCCGCGAUCUUCUUUGGGAAGUUUAAAAGAAGUUGCCAGGUUGACGAGUGUGAUAGCACGAUCUUCAGAAAUAGGACAACUCGAGGAUGCGGUUCAAUUUUUCGACGUCAAUCGACGUCACGGAGCUCAUUCUCCAUAUUUGUUGAAAACUUUAAUGUUGGAUUUGAUUCAAAGAUUCGUCAUUACCGAAGAAUUAAUUCAAGAUAUCUGGGGUAACAGUUCGCUGUCGUCCAAAGUGGAAAACCCGGCAUUCUUCGAAUCGCAAACGGAUGAAAAAAUAGAAACCAUUCUUCAAAUAUCACAAAUAGCGUGCAACCUUUUGGUGCACGUGCGAAACGCCAUUUCUAGCAAAGAUAAAAUCGAUUACAGAGCAACCGAGCCCGUGUUUUGGCCCGGUUUAAUAGAUCAGCAAACAAUAGAUGGGAGAAGUGGGGGGCGGGGUAACGGUGAAAAUCCAUUACUGGGACACAUCGUUCAACAAUUGACCGAAUGCGUGAAUUACUAUCACAGAGAGUCAUCGAUAAUAAGUCAACUUAAUAGAAAAUUAUCGGCCGUACCCAACAUGACGGGUUCGGAACUGCAACAAUUUCUACCCGACAGUCCAAUGUCGAAUGAUAUGAAUUCCGUUAAGGAGGCUCGUUUUUCUGCGUCCAAAGUAAUAAGAAAACGACUGGAUCAGAAAACGUUAGAAUUGGAGCAUUGCUCUUUUCUCAUUGAGAAUUGUUUGUACAUCAUUUGGAGUCAUUUGGAUUUUUUCAUGUUGAGAGCAUUGCCAAAGCCCAAACAAGGAUUCGAUUUCGAUUUGAAUAAAAGUGUUUUAGCAUCUACGAUAUCGAACAAAGACACUUCUCUAAUGAGUGUGACUUGUCAAGAUAUAACAAUAUUAAAAAAUGGUUUAAUCAGUAUUUUCAAUGAAAGUUUCAGUAAAAAAUUAAUAGCGACAAAAGAGGAUUCGGAAAAAGAAAAUAAAGAAUUUUUAACGGCUUUAUUAAGGAGAAUAAAAAGAUUAAUACAGUUUGUGCCUGUCAAAUAA